ACUUCGGGAAUCGAGCACAGUGCCCAGGAUUACGUCUCUGCUUUGGGGUGUGAUCGGAAGCAGGAGUGACUAACGAAGCUCUUAAAUUAAUUAUAUACGCACAUUUAUAAAGAUUCUUUAUGUUUCAUUUUUAAUUAUUGUCGCUAGAGAUGUCGACUCCAGCUAGGCGUCGUUUAAUGAGAGACUUUAAACGGUUGCAGGAAGACCCUCCGGCUGGUGUUAGCGGUGCCCCUUCAGAAAACAACAUUAUGGUAUGGAAUGCAGUGAUAUUUGGGCCUGAGGGAACUCCGUUUGAAGAUGGAACCUUUAAACUGACGAUAGAAUUUACAGAAGAAUAUCCCAACAAACCUCCAACAGUUCGAUUUGUUUCAAAAAUGUUUCAUCCAAAUGUAUAUGCAGAUGGCAGUAUAUGUCUGGAUAUUCUACAGAACCGCUGGAGUCCUACCUAUGAUGUUUCUUCAAUUUUAACUUCUAUACAGUCACUAUUGGAUGAGCCAAAUCCCAACAGUCCAGCAAACAGCCAGGCAGCUCAACUUUACCAAGAAAACAAACGUGAAUAUGAAAAGCGGGUUUCUGCAAUAGUGGAACAGAGCUGGCGUGAUUGUUGACCAAGGCCUAAGAAUAUGAACACUUUCUGGGCUCAAGAUGGAGAAAACAUAAAUGAAGUGUUUUUUUUUUUUAAUCUUCCUUCUAGCAUCAGAUGACAUUAAUUGUUGCAACUUUAGAGUGCUGUUCUACCAUCCAUUCCCUCCCUCUACCUCAUUCAUGAAGCUUUCCCUGGACAAGAUUACAUCUGCAUUGACGUAAAUGUAACAUACUUGGGUUACGUGCAAGAAGCAUUUAUUUUACUUUGUGUCUUUUAUGUAUUUGUGUGCCCCUUCAAUCAGGUGUUUACAUAUAUAUGAUGUUUAGUUUCAUAUUCCACAGUAUCUGUGUGUCCUUGUAUUAUCUGUACAAAGUAUUCACUCAAUUUGCUGAUCAUGGCUAUAGGGCUUUCGGAGACAAAGGUGCCCCUUGUGGUGUUGGUCCGCUAACAUGGAGGACGUGCUUUCUGGAGUUGAGUAACCAAACAUUGAAACGAGCUGUGAUGAAAGUGUGAGAGUAUUAAUGGAUGAAGAAGCCCAUCACAGAAGAUGAAUCACUGAAUGCAAUUUUCAUUUUAGUUUUUCCAGGAAUGAUUCAAGUGUGUGUGUGUGUGUGUGUGUGUGUGUGCGAGUUCUGUACCUGCUCAGUUUUUAUAUUGACUUUGUGCUGCAGUUCAGACUUGUUUUGUUAAAAGGGGAGGUAAGCGUAUACAUGUUCAGUUACAUUUAUCAGGCUCAUUUACAGAUAUGCAAUUACACUGACGUGACAAAUUGUUUACUUAUUUAUUUUCUUUUGAACAGCACAGCUUUGCACUAGUAACCCUUGUAAGAAACUGUACAUUUUCUCACUUGUAAAUAAAAUCUGUAAAUUUAAGUCAAA